CAGUGGUGUCCAAUGACACGCUGAUCAGAGGGAAAUGCAAGUGCCGGUUCUCGGCUGCACUUUCCUCACGCUGUCAGAUUGUGAGGAAAGUACUGCCGAGAACCGGCAGUUGUCAGAGCGGGGAUCGGCACCGAUCAUCAGGGCACUGAUGAUCAGUGCCCUGAUGAUCGGUGCCCAGCAGUGCCACACACAACUGCCAGUUAUCAGCAGCACUUUCCUUACGCUGUAGCAGCGUGAGGAAAGUGCAGCCGAUAACUGGCAACUGUAUUUACUCCGUGAUCUGC